UCGGCAGGCGCCAGUGUAGUAUGGAUGUGACAAGAGGCAAACUGUUGGAUACAUAUACAGUGCGCUCCCGCAGGGACCUCGUUGAAUGAGUUCGUGGCUGGCAAUGAGGAGUAUAUAUAGGGCUCAUCUCCGCACUCCAUAUUACAUUGCACAUAGCAUUCAUACAAAGUGGAACAGCUUCAUUUUCCGCCGUCGAACACAAGUAACUAUUUCGCGCUAAGUGUGAAAGUUCUUAACGUUUUCUUCUUCCAUUCCCAUUUCCCAUCGUGUCGAGAAUUCGUGCUUAGGCCUAGAAUAUUUUAGUGUGACUUCCUCCCUGUGAAGAAAAGCGUCUCUUUGUUUCCCACCCCCGGAGAUAUUGUAGCUGAAGAGUGUGUUAUCUGUUGCUGCUGAAGUAAUCCUGAGAGCCACACAUUGAUUAAUGGGAUUGAAUGAAUUUCCCCAUAUCGCCUUUUCUGGUGACUCCUUUGCCAGACAACAGAAUCCAGUCACCACGAGGAACCUGAUAAGUUUCGGUAUUGUGCUUGCUCUGUUAAAUGGUGAGCGCGUGUGGGCCCAAGUGAGAGGUAGUGACGACUACCUCUCGCAGGACGCGCCGGGCGACAGCAAAAACAGCGGCGAUGUGAACAGGACGGCGGGCGGCGCGGGCGGCGAGAUCAUCCCCAUGCAGCGGAUGGGCUCCUCGCAGGAGCCCACCUGCGAGGAGCUGCGCGCCAUGUGGCGCUUCUCCAAGCGUCAGUCGCGCGCUGCCGAGAUCACCAACGAGAUCCCCACGUAUCGCGAUCCGUUCGCCUUCAACGUGUGGGAGCCGCUCAUGUUCCCCAAGACGCGCAGCGUGGGCGGCGUCCGGGUGUCCCGGUAUCGCGACGCCACCAGGCCAGUCUACGGACGCGUGGUGCACAAGGAGCCGCUGGCCCGCUACCGCAACACAAAGGCCCGCAACCGACUCUUCGACAACAUCGCCAGGUAUUACGGGGCCGAGCGCGUGAACACGGGCUCGAUGCAGCGCAAGUUCGCCAAUUCCCAGAAGACGCGGCCCCUGGUUGUGUUCCGGAAUCCCGACAGCCCGGAGGAGGGUGGCGUGGAGGACGCAGCCAGAGAGGUGAGCAGCAGCGGCACAUUCCCCAACAGCCUCAUCCCGCAGCAGCGCGGCAAGUUCGACACGCUGAAGGAGCUCAUGGCCACGCAGCGGGCGCGCGAGCUGGCGCAGCAGCGGCGGGCAGAGGAGCUGGCAGCGCGGGCGGCCGUGCUGAAGGAGAUCGCCAAUGGCCAGAGUCACUCGCUCACGAGCACAUAUCAAAAGUCCAGUAUGGCCAACCUAGAUGAUGACAAUAAUCAAAGACUAGACUACGAUCAGGGCAUUCCCGUGGUGAGGCAGUCGCAGGACAACCCGCUCGCGGCGUCGGCUUACCUCCUCGGCGGGCAGCCGCGGUCGCACUUCCGGGAGCGUCAGCGCACCAUCAUGCGGCAAGUGAGCAAUUCCUAUCGCUAGGCCCGCCGCGGAGAGAUUAUGGCCUGAAAACAGGGCCGAAGUAUUCUUAUUCAGAACACAAUCGGUGAGUCAGAGUUUUAAAUAUAUGAGUCAACAACCAGAAAAGCUUUCAAAGAAAAAAAAUCCCAAAAAAAUAAGAUAUACUCGAUCCGACGUACAUAAUCAGGAGGCUUUAAGAAUCAAAUAUAUCUCUGUAUUCAAUGUAUUCAAAUGGCAGCAAACCUUAAGCUACGGGAGUUUUCAUGGUUAUUCGCCAAAGUAUUUUAUUCAAAGUUUUUUAAUUAAAAAAAAAGAAAUGGAAAAGAUCUGAUGAAAAAUCCCUCAAUUGCGGGAAUUCUCUUCUCUUUAUGAAUAUUGAAAGAAAAAGUGAGAUGAAUAUGAUAUAUAUCCCACUGUAGACUGUACAUUUGCCUUCCACAACAAACUUACCCCAUAUUGGUUGAGCGAAACAUAUCUCUUCAAUAUCAAAGGAAAGCCGAGAGACAACAAAAGAAAUCCCACAGAGGAGAAAGACAAGAGAUAUCAUGAGAAAUAUUUUGAAUAAUUGUAUUGAGAUGUAAGAUAAAAACUCUUGGGAUAAUAUCCAGAAGCGUGCUGUGUACCAAAGCACACCCGCGCCCAUAUCAUUCCUACAAGACACAUUUCUUCCUACCACUGGUAUACCUUUGACCUGCUUAUUAUUGCUGGAAAUCUUAUGGCGUUGGGAAAGAAUGCGCAAAAAGGAGAACUUUUGCUCACAUAUUCUUGUGUAUUUGGAAAUCCAAAUCUUUAAUAUCAGAGACAAUAUCAGAGAGACAAUAAUAAUAUACAAUUUGAGCACCAUGAAAACCCCCAUUUGUAACCUAGUAUAAUAAAAUGUAACUAUCUAAAGGAUUUUACUCUCCUUUUUGACAAUGUAUGUAUGCAUGUUGUGUGAUGCAGGGUAAAAAAAUCUGCUUAAAGAGCUACAAAAAAAGAAGAAAAAAAACGAUAUAUAGUACCUAAGUGUAAACUAUGACAAUAAUCUACAAAAAAAAAUAAAAGAAAUGUGUUAGAGUGCCGUCAAUUGUUUAGAAGAAAUAUAAAACAUGGUAUAAUUGGAGAAUGAAACCAAAAAAAAACAGAUGAAAAACUCAAAAUGUAGUAAUUAUAUGUAGCAAGAGACAAUAAUUUUUCCUUGUAAACUACUAAAAAAAACAAGUAUAUAAGGAUAUACUGAGAAAAAAUGAAAAAAAUAAAUUUAACUUCUUAAAUCAAUUAA